AUGGAGAUCACUACACCUGCUGAGUACAAGAAGGCAACCCAAGGAAAAAGCGUCAACAAAUUCUGUGACAUGCAGGCGGAAAUGGGAGCAGAAGCACUCGAUAUCGUCACAUCCACAAUAGAAAAGUUCACAAAAUCUGAAGUCCUAGAAGUUGACAAUGCGACCCGCUUUAUUAAAGACCUAAUGGAUAAGCAGUUCGGCCCAUCCUGGCACUGCGUAGUAGGAGAAGGCUACUCUUUCGACAUCACAGCCCAAAAGCAGAAUCUGCUCUACGUUUACUAUACAGGUUCCCUUGCAAUACUUUUAUGGAAAUCUUAA